UGUGUGCAAACCAGUCACCCAAGGAGGCUCCAAGUAACAAGAAAGCCAGACAACUGAGGACCUCCUUCAAAUACUAGGAUGGCAGAAGAGUGGGGGAAUCAAGUAUAUGCUGCCAGGCGGCACCAGGAAGAUACAACAAGAGGCUCUGCCUUUACUUACACAAACAGCAACUACACCAAAGAUCCCUUUGAGGGUCCCAAUUACCACAUUGCUCCACGAUGGGUUUACAAUCUUUCUACGCUCUGGAUGUGUAUUGUCGUCAUUCUAUCAGUCUUCACCAAUGGUCUUGUGUUGGUGGCCACAGCAAAGUUCAAGAAGCUCCGUCACCCUCUGAAUUGGAUCUUGGUCAAUCUCGCUAUCGCCGAUCUUGGAGAGACAGUUUUUGCCAGCACCAUCAGUGUUUGCAACCAGUUUUUUGGCUAUUUCAUUCUGGGACAUCCAAUGUGCGUGUUUGAGGGCUACACUGUCUCAGUUUGUGGAAUUACUGCUCUUUGGUCCCUGACUAUCAUCUCCUGGGAGAGAUGGAUCGUUGUGUGCAAACCUUUUGGCAACAUCAAGUUCGAUGCCAAAUGGGCCACAGGUGGAAUUGUGUUCUCCUGGGUCUGGUCAGCAGUUUGGUGUGCUCCUCCCAUCUUUGGAUGGAGCAGGUACUGGCCUCAUGGACUGAAGACUUCCUGUGGACCUGAUGUAUUCAGUGGAAGUGAAGAUCCCGGAGUCCAGUCCUAUAUGAUUGUUCUCAUGAUUACAUGCUGCCUUAUUCCCCUGGCUAUCAUCAUCCUGUGCUACCUUGCAGUGUGGUUGGCCAUCCGUGCUGUUGCCAUGCAGCAGAAAGAAUCCGAGUCGACCCAGAAGGCUGAGAAAGAAGUAUCCAGAAUGGUCGUUGUCAUGAUCGUAGCUUACUGUGUCUGCUGGGGUCCUUACACCUUUUUCGCCUGCUUUGCUGCGGCUAACCCCGGCUAUGCCUUCCAUCCUCUGGCUGCUGCCAUGCCUGCAUACUUCGCAAAGAGUGCCACCAUUUACAACCCAGUUAUCUAUGUCUUCAUGAACCGACAGUUCCGCACAUGCAUCAUGCAGCUCUUUGGCAAAGAAGUGGAUGAUGGCUCUGAGGUAUCCACAUCAAAGACAGAGGUCUCCUCCGUGGCUCCCGCAUAAACCACCAUGUUCUCAAUGUUGGAAAAAAUAUUUUGAUUUGUACAGCAUAUAUUUAUUGUUUGAUUUCUUUCUUUUUUGUUAGUGAUUAUAGCUGUCUGGCAAAUGGAAAAAAUACAAAAAAUACAUAUACAAUGAAUGAAUCAUUAUAUCACGAGUCUUGUUUUUCAAAUGCAUUAAAAAAAUAUUGAGCAUA